AUGAAGGUAAAACCUAUUGACCUCGACGGACGGACGGGCGAAGGCGGUGGCCAGCUAGUACGUGUGGCCGUCGGCCUCGCAGCUCUUACUUCACAGCCCGUCAGAAUCACCCACGUUCGAGGCAACAGAGAGGGCCCCCGCGGUGGCGGCCUCAAGGCUCAGCACGUUACCUCCAUUCAAUGGCUGGCAGACGUCACCGGUGCCCACGUGGAAGGCCUCUGCGUUGGCUCCAAGACGCUCACCUUUAUCCCCAAGACCGGUCCGGCAGACCUCGCCGGUCGCUCGUUCGAGAUCAAGGCAGAUACGGACGCGGCCAGUGCGCUGCUCAUCCUGCAGGCGAUACUCCCGUUCGUCCUGUUCGCCGCCGGCAGCGACGACAAGCGCGGGCCGCUCAGUAUCACAAUCCACGGCGGCACCAACGUGCAGUGGUCGCCGAGCUACGAGUACUUUGACCAGGUCCUGAUGCCGGCGCUGGAGAGCCACUUCGCCAUCCGGAUAGACAGGAAGCUCAGCGGGCGCAGUUGGAGCCAGGGCAGGUCGUCGCCAGGGUCCAUCGCGCUCACGGUGCACCCGGUAGCGAAGGGCGGGCGGCUGCGCUGCGCUCCCCCGCCCAAGCACCCCGCAUGCUGUGAGGUCAAGACGGUCGACAUCAGCGUGCUCGCGCCCGGCCACGCGCACGAGCAGCUCCAAGGCGAGCUCUUCCGGAACCUGGGCGAGCUGUACCCCGAGGCGGAGCUGCGGGUGAGGCUAGUCGAGGACUCGGGCUCCGAUCAGAAGUGGAACGUGCUGCUCGUCGCAGAGUCCCACGACGGCAUCCGCUGGGGCAGGGACGUGCUGCGCGGCAUGCCUAAGAAGAUGAAGCCAUCGGCGUCGGCGUCGGACGCCUUUGCGAGGCAGGUGGCGAGCGCGGUGUGCCGCGACCUGCACGAGGAGACGGAGCUGGGCGGCCAGGUGGACGAGCACCUGCAGGACCAGCUGGUGGUCCUGCAGGCGCUCUGCGAGGGUUACUCGUCCUUUCCGCGAGGCGGCGAGAGUCCGCCGGGGGAAUCGGGGCCGGAGGCGAGCCUGUCAGGCGCGUUGGAGAGCCUCUCGCUGGAGGGGGAUCGCCUGCGGAAGGACAAGACGCGAGAUCCGUUUGGCCAUGGGUCGAUGCAUACGCAGACGGCGCGCUGGGUGGCCAGCCAACUGCUGCCAGCGGCCGAGUUUUAUAACAAGGGGAAUUUUGUCAAGGGGGUAGGAUUCUCACUGUAG